AUGACGUGAGACCGGCGCCUCCUUGUGUAAGCAUCCAACAUGGCGGCGCCCUGCAGAGGUCCGCUGCUGCUCCGUGUUUCCUUCAGAAGAUUCUUCGGAGUUUCAGCUUCAGCUCGAAGUUUCAGCGAAGACAGAAAAACCCACUUCGGCUUCGAGACGGUUCCGGAGGAGGAGAAAGCGAAGCGAGUGUAUAAGGUGUUUGAGAAUGUGGCUCAGAAGUACGACGUCAUGAACGAUGCGAUGAGUCUCGGGAUUCAUCGUCUCUGGAAGGACGCGCUGCUGCACGUCAUGCACCCACAGCCCGGUGCGCGCCUCCUGGAUGUGGCGGGCGGAACAGGCGACAUCGCCUUCCGUUUCCUGGAGUACGUUCGAUCUCAGCAGGAGCGGCGAGAGCGGCGUGCAGCUCGGUCCAUGCAGACGCAGUCGUGGCAGGACAUUUCCAGCAACUACGGCACCGAGGACAAGGACGGGUCCCCGGAGUCCAGCGCGGUGGUCUGUGACAUCAACAAGGAGAUGCUGAAAGUGGGCAAGCAGAAAGCUGACAGCACGGGAACCAGCGCUGGGCUGUCGUGGGUGGUGGGGGAUGCGGAGGAGCUUCCCUUUGACGACGACCAGUUUGACAUUUACACCAUCGCCUUUGGCAUCCGCAACGUCACUCACAUAGAUCAGGCACUUCAGGAGGCUCUGCGGGUCCUCAAGCCCGGCGGCAGGUUCAUGUGUUUGGAAUUCAGCAAAGUGACGAAUCCUGUGCUGGCGAGGCUUUAUGACGCGUACAGUUUCCAGAUGAUCCCAGUUCUGGGAGAAGUGAUCGCUGGAGACUGGAAGUCGUAUCAGUAUCUGGUGGAAAGUAUCCGCAAGUUCCCUGAUCAGGAGGAGUUCAAACGUAUGAUUGAAGACACAGGAUUCUACUGCGCUCAGUACCACAACUUAACUGGUGGAGUUGUCGCUCUUCACUCUGGCUUCAAGCUGUGAGAUGCCCGAAAAACUCCUCUGGAAAAAAAACAUUAAAGCAAAAGACGCUCUUUGAUUCAGGCUUUUUCUGCCUGUGUGAUAAACUCUCAGCAGAGUUCAUGGACAGAACGUUCACGCAGGACGAUCGUCUCUGCAGAAGCCACCGUGCAAAUGACAGAAAUCAGAGGUCAGUGGACGUAUUUAUUAUGUUUUUGUUUGUGAAGCUGUAGAUAUUAGUUCGACUCCUGGCAGAGAAAAAAACAAAUGUCCCAGUGGGUUAAACCAUUUGACAACAAAUGGGUUUGAAUAUUUUUUGUAACAUCUUCAUUUUCACUGUGGAAAAUAAAACCUGCAAAAUCGUA